AUGUCACCUGCAAUGUGUCUAGCCCCCACUGCGGUUUCUAUCUCAACCAUUCACGCAAUCCUCGAAUCCUAUUCGAGCAACUCAAAGACCAAGUUCACCGUCCAGCUUAACAACAAUCAAACAUGGGUUAUGUACACCUCCUCUCCAGCUGAUUUGACAAGAAGCAGCCCAUCAACCUUAACUUUUGAUGGCUAUUCUGGGAAUAUUCGGAUUGCAUUGGUGCCGGGUUCUGAUCUAAAAUACGUGGCAAUCCUUGACCGGUUUAGUUCUGCUUACCCCGUUUCUGGUGAAGCUGUGUUCACAAAGCCAUUCACUCUGGAAUAUAAAUGGGAAAAGUAUGGACGGGGAGAUUUGCUUAUGCUAGCUCAUCCUCUCCAUCUUCAGCUUCUGUCUAAUGCUACUGUUUUGGAGGAUUUCAAGUACAAGAGUAUUGAUGGCGAUCUGGUUGGCAUCGUUGGCGAUUUGUGGGAGUUGAAAUCUCAUAAUUUAUCAGUCACUUGGCAUUCAAUCGGAGGUAUCAAACAAGCCUCAUACCCUGAAAUUGUUUCUGCGCUUCGUAGUGAUGUUAAGGCUCUUAGUUCGACACCAAUAAAAACUGAAUCGUCAUACUUUUAUGGGAAAUUGGUUGCCAGAGCAGCAAGGUUGGCUUUGAUUGCUGAGGAGGUGGAUUGUCUUGAUGUGGUUCCAGCAAUUAGGAAAUACUUGGCGGACGCCAUUGAGCCAUGGUUGGAUGGUACUUUAAGUGGGAAUGGUUUUUUGUAUGAUCCUAAAUGGGGUGGACUUGUCACCCAACAAGGAUCAACCGAUCGCGGUGCAGAUUUUGGGUUUGGAGUUUAUAAUGAUCACCAUUAUCAUCUUGGAUAUUUUGUUUAUGGUAUUUCAGUGCUUGCAAAGAUUGACCGUGCAUGGGGGAGCAAGUACAAGCCUCAAGCUUACUCUCUUGCAGCAGAUUUCAUCAACAUUGGCAACCAAUCGAAUUCAAACUAUCCGCAGUUGAGAUGCUUUGAUCUGUACAAACUGCACUCAUGGGCUGGAGGACUGACUGAAUUUGGAGAUGGAAGGAACCAAGAGAGCACAAGUGAGGCAGUGAAUGCUUACUACUCAGCUGCAUUGAUGGGCUUGGCCUAUGGAGACACCAAUCUUUUCAAUAGUGGAUCAAUGCUUACAUCUCUGGAAAUUCAAGCAGCUCAAAUGUGGUGGCAUGUAAGAGAAGGAGAUACACUUUAUGAGGAAAAGUUCACAAAGGAAAAUAGGAUUGUGGGAAUUUUAUGGGCAAACAAGAGAGACAGUGGACUUUGGUUUGCUCCUCCAGAGGCAAAAGAAAUAAGGCUUGGAAUUCAGUUGCUGCCCAUAUCCCCAGUCACUGAGAUCUUGUUCUCUGAUGAUGGCUUUGCUAAGGAAAUUGUGGAAUGGGCAUUGCCAGCCCUGAGUAGAGAAGGAGUUGAGGAAGGAUGGAAGGGCUUUGUCUAUGCCUUGCAAGGGAUUUAUGAUAAGGAUGGUGCUUCAGAGAAGAUCAAGAGCUUGAAGGGUUUUGAUGAUGGAAACUCUCUCACUAAUCUCCUAUGGUGGAUUCAUAGUAGGAACUUAGGUUCACAGUAG